AUGGCAAGUAGACUUACUGCUGGUUUCGUUGCAGGUGUUCUUGUUACCACCACAGCCUAUUCACUCCUUCAGGCUCGCAUUGCCAACGAUACAGAGCUACUUAGAUACAAACUAUCUAAUAGUAAAGAGCAAGUGGAGUCUGUUUUGCCUGCACAUUUGCAAUCACAGGAUGUGAUUCCUCAUAGCUCGCUAUCCUCGCAUUAUUCUUACCCAGGAUCAUUGUGGCCAGGAUCGUGGCACAAGUCGUCCGCUACUCCGUUGAAUUCAUUUACAUCUGCACUUCAGUUCAACACAUUCAAAGAAAAUUGGAAUGGCAUGAUCCGAUGUAUCAGCACCUACUUGAACGGAACCUCUGAUUGA